UUCAGCAGAGAGGAGCCUUCACUGCCCCGGUGCUGCGCUCAUUCAGAGGACUUUACAACAUCCACUAUUUAACUUUGAACACAUCCUGAAGGGACACAGCUAACGGGGUACGGAGGUUAUCGGUGUGAAGUCAUUGAUGCAGCAACCAGCCAGAAAACGGAAGAAAACAAUGACUAUCCACUUCUCAGGCCUGCUCUUCAUGUGGCUGCUGCCGCUGACAUCUGGCCAGAAUAACAACUUCUCUCAUGUGAUGACGGGAACGCAGGUAACACCAAAUGUGUCAACGCAGGACGAGCUGACCACACAGGAGGCGUCCAGCUUGAAUCCCCUCUCAGAGGUCACAGGUCGUCACAUGACUCGGUCCGUCUUAGCUCAAGAAAGCGGUGCAAAAGCCAGCAGCCAACCUUCACUGCAAACAUCUCCAACAACGUCGUCAAAGACAUUCAGACAAGUGAUUCAAACAGCAGCAACUCCAACCAGCUCCACAGAGUCUCGCUUCAAAAGCUCAACAGAAGGCAGGAAGUCCACAACGGAGAGACUAUUCAACUUCAAAACAUCAGCAACAACCGUCGCUACCAGUCACUCAAGCAACCCACCCAAAACCACAUCGUCCCACUUACAAAGCUCAACAGAACGCACAAAGUCCACGACGGAGAGACUAUUUAACUUCCCGACCAAAACCACACGGGCGCCGCCAACACCAAGCAGCUCCGCCACAGCUCGAUCCAUCCACGAUAGAACAACCCAACCAUCUUCAAGUCCAAUGUCGUCUUCAAGCUUCAUCUCCACUCUGAACUCUUCUACCAAACCUGUUAAACCCACAACCAUCAGUACAAGCCCAUUCCCAGCUACAUGGUCCACACGUUUAUACAAAGGCACGACGAAGACGCCAUUCAAGAAGACUUCCAAGGACAGACGUCCAGGGGAAAAGGCAGACACCAAUAAAGGAUCAAACCACAGCAAAGUCGUGGCAUGGCUGAUAGGUGGAGCGCUGGGAGCCAUGCUGGUGGGGUUCCUGGUCAUCUACAUAAAGAAACGGAAGCUCCAGAAGCAGCAGAUAACGACCACGGACUGGGCCGGUCCCUCGCCGUUCCUCGAGGGCGGAGUCGACAACGGCCAGGUAACGCUGAGGUCAUCCAACCGGGUCUCCCUUUCCGGCUUCUUGACUCAGAGGCUCUCCAAGAGGCUGUCGCUGCUCCCAGACACCGACGAGGAGCUGGAGGACAUGACGGCAGGAAGCACCUUUGGAGGCAAACAUCAAGAGACCUCGUUCGGUGGAGAGGCGAACGGAAAGGGUGGAGGAGAAAGCAACGGGACGGCUGGAGUUGUUCCAGAUGCGAAAAGCAACGAAGACGCUCCAGAGACGGCUGAGAACAGCAACUCUAAGGAUGCAAACCACAAUCAAGACCUUUCUGCAAAGCCCCCCACUCCAUCUGCAGACGUGGAAACUCCUCCUCCUGCACCGCUGGAUGACGGCUUGAGGGAACCAUGAGGGAACUUGUGCAUCCUUCUGUCAUUGGUUGCUAGGCAACAGCAACUGUGACUGAUAACACAGGAAACGUGUCAUCGUUUGAGGAAAUCAUCAAGAGAGAGAAAAAAGAUAAUCAUCUGAGUCUCUACUGCAAAACUUAAGACAGGAGAAUAUUUUAACACAGAAGAUCACUUUAUCAAUUAAAUAAAGGAAAAAAAGUCAGAAAAAAAACAUCUUAAACUACAGUAGAAUUAACAAAGAAAAGUAUUCUUCACAUUGUCAGAUCCUAAAUCAUGUGAGAUGCACAGGGUGAUGUUUAAAUCAUAAAGCAGAAUAUUGAGCUUUUACCAUUAGUCAGCCUGGUUCUGAAUGAUGGUUUCAAGGAAGGUUUUUCUAUCAAUUAAACUACAUUUAAAUUGAAUUAAAUAAAACUAAACUAAACUCAAUUAAAUUUAAACUAAAUUCAUUAAAUUAAUUAAACUAAAUUAAACCAAACUAAAUUAAAUUAAAUGUGGCUUUAGUUACAUUGUUUCAGAACAUUAAGAUUGCUAUAUAAUAAUAUAUAUACAGUAUUAUUUCCUAUAUUAUUAUAUUAAAAUUGCACAAUUACAUUUCAACAAUGCAUGCAUGUGUUUCGGUCUCUCUGUGGGUUGUAGCAUGUUGAUAUUGAUCUGCAUUAUCCGCCUCUUCUUCUCCUUUUAGUAUUUUAAAUGUUGAGAGCUCAUUAAACGCUCAAAUAUGGUAUUACGUUGUUGAAUGUUCCUUUAAUCAUUUAAUGUUUUUAUAUCUUAAGGAGGAAGUGCAUCUACGUCGAAGAACAACCACAUUUUCUUGUUUUCUUUUGGUCGCCAUGAUUUGUUUUUUGUGGCUUCCUAUCUAGAUUUCCAGUUUAUGUCACUGAGAAUGAACGUGGUGAAGAAAUAUUUUACAUCAACGUGUGAGAGUGUGAAUCUAAAACACUUUCUUCUUCUGGAGUAAAUAUAACCACAAGGUGAAUGUAUUCAUGUUGCAGGUGAUGGAAAAGCAGAAUCUACAAAGAGUUAAUCUCUGAUGUGAAACUGGAUCCAUUUUUCAAGCGUUUCUUCUUGGCCUUGAGGUUUGGUCUCACUGAGAACUUUUCCAUUUAACUUGCAGCUGAAGUGUGAGAUGGGAGGGUGUCACUGCCUCCACGUUUACUGGUAUGUUCAAUUUCACAAUGAGUCAUUUCAGGUCACGAGAAGAGUGUGUCAAUGGAUUUAAUAAGUGUUUGUGAAUAAUCCUGAUCAUGAAGCUUUUUGUUAAACUAUAUUUUUUUAAUGUGUUUUGUGUUUAUUUUAUUGUAUCUGAAGAGAAUUGUGAAUGUGGAGCAGAAAAAGCUCCUGGUGGUUCUGGUUUGUGUCACAUGUAUCCGAGUGGUUGUGGUUUUGGUUUAGGAAGUCACAUUAAAAACAAACCCACUUCCACGUAUCGAAUGGUUCUACAGCUGUACAUUAACUGGUUUCUUCUAAUGACCUUAAUAAAUAAACAUAUUCAAA